UGCGCUGUGUGCUUGGUAAACGCCUGGAGCUUUCCUUGCCACACCGGGACACCAGCUGGGAUGAGGAGAAAUUUCUUUGUCUUUCCAAAGCUCAGGCAGGGGCUACAGUUUGAGGUGUGAAUAAUUCUCACGCAGCACGGGGACCUGGGGCCCAGGGAAAUGAUCGCCGGCGCCAUGUUACUGUUCUCUGCCUUCAUGGGUACCUCCUCCACUCUCUUUAUAGCCACUCCGGAGAAUCCAGUCCACGCCAUCACCAACCAGACAGCCGUCCUGCCCGUCUCCCUGCGAUUCUCUACCCCGCCGGGGGAUUUCUUCCACCUCAAAUGGGAUUUCCUCUCAGGCAACCGCCCCGUCUUAGCCUACGUGAUGAGCAAGUGCAAAGGCAGCGCCCACGAGUGGUGGCAGCGCUCCUGCCAGCGCAGCGUGAAGGUGGCGAAGGAAUAUCAGCAGCAGGCAAAUGUCUCUCUGCAGAGCGGUUCCCUGGUGAUUCAGCGUGUGCAGCCCACGGACGCUGGGACGUACCGGAUAACAGUGCGAGGCCUGGAUGUGUUUGUCAUGGCAGAGGUGAACCUGACAGUGACUGAAGCAGCUGCACCAACAAACUCGGGAAGAGUGAACGGAGCCAGAUUCAGCCUGGUGCCCAACGCCAUCCGCCUUGGCUUAGCCGGCCUAGUUCUCUGUCUCUUGGGGCUGAUCGUGGGAGAGGCAGUUUACAAGCCAGCCGGCUGCUCCCCGCACCACCUGGAGGGAAGCCAAGAGCCAAGAGACGAGCUGGAGACUCUGGACUGA